UUACACUAGGUCACCCAGUGACCGAGGGGUGGAAGGCAGAAGACCUUACCAUCAACUCUGUCGGCUGCGUGUUCUGUAUCCUAUAGACGCUCUUUGUGUUGGUCGAUGAGGAUCGACUCUCCUCGCGUUCCCCCGUAGCGUGCUGGGCUUCCAUUCUGCCGUUGCCAGGGUGACGCGUCACAAUAAGCACCUGCUGUGCCCAGAACCUGCCCUGGUGCUGAGCGCAGGCUGGUCCCCGCGCGGGACGCGCUCGCUCCCAGGCGGCCCGGAGCCAGUGGCUUCCGCAGCCACGUUCACCAGGACUGGAUCCCGACUGCCUGAUCUCGGCCGUCAGAUCGGGUGUCCUCGGAGGUGUGACUUGGUCCUCGUGGACACCAGUAGAAUUUUGCUACAAAAGAAGUAGCCGUGAAGAACCUUUUGAAGUCACCAAUAUAGAGACUGACGUAAGACGCAGACAUGCCUGCAGAAGGAGGAAAAACGGAUAUGGAGAGGAUUGGCCUCUUCAGCGAGAUGGAAUAUAUUACUGUUGGUGAUAAAUAUGUAUCACAAUUUAAUCGACCUUUUAAUGAAGCAGCAAGCAAAAACAGACAGAUGUUACCUGGGGGAUCCAAAGAAAUGUCAAAUCUUCAGGCAGGUUAUUUUGACCCCCAUUUUACAAGGGUGUUUGAAGGUGAAGGCUACGUAAGUUUGAAUCAAGUUCGGAGACGGUACAUGAUGGAUGAAGCCAAAAAAAAUCUAGGCAAAGCCUUCCUCCCUAGCAGUGGAGAAAAAAAACCAUGUGGAUUAGGAAGCUACUACGGAACGAUAGGUGGCCCAGUCCCAUUCUUCAGUGCGCAGUUGAAACCCAGAGAGAAAUAUGAGGCACCUGGAAAGAAUUUAUACACAAACCCAGGGAAGAAAGGAACCGGAUAUGGCUAUGCAAAUAUUACCAUAGGUAAACAGUUUUCACAUUCUGCUGACCUCUAUGACGCACCAAGAAUAAAUUAUAAGAAAGAGAAUGAAGAACAUCAUCGUUUACUGAAAGGGUCACCUUUCAAGUUAAAUCUCUACCCACGGGAGUAUUUUGAUACCAACCCUUAUUUUUUUGAGAAAACUUUGCCACCAAUUAAAACAGAAGCGAAGAAAAGUUUACUUUCAAGCCCAUUUAAACCUUCUUCUCCUGGUAAAAAAGCUGGUGGAAUGAAGGCAGGAACAUUUGACCCUUACCCUUCACAUUCUGCUGACCCUUAUGUGGUGAAAUCGAUAAAGGAGAGUUUCGGAAAAGGUGAUAAGAUUUUCCACCCGCCAAGUGGACCCAAAAGCCGACCAGUUGAAAGUAUAAUGACUUUGAAUGUCAAAAGGGCACUAAAUGUGAAGAACUACAAGACUGCUUCAGUACAGUCCUAUUAGCAACUGGAAGACAUGUAGCAUAUUGAACCCCGACUACCAGUAAUUCAAUAUCAAGCGCUAAUUAACUGAAAAAAUAUACUACAGAACAGACAGAGCAAGCAUUUAUAAAAAAUUUAAACU